AUGUCUUGCUCCAGCCUGUGUGCCCCUUCGUGUGGGGUGGCCGCCCCGUACCCGCUGGCUGACACCACCAACGAGCCCUGCGUGCGUCAGUGCCAGAGCUCCUCGGUGGUGAUCCAGCCCCCGGCCACGGUGGUCACCUUCCCCGGACCCAUCCUCAGCUCCUUCCCACAGCACAGCGUAGUGGGCUCAGCAGGAGUCCCCACCAUUGCCGGGGGCUACGGCGGCAGUUUUGGAGGCCGUGGUGGUUAUGGAGGCUCUGGGGGCUACGGGGGCUAUGGAGGCCUUGGUGGCUUUGGUGGCUACGGAGGCUUCGGCGGCUGCGGAGGAUUUGGUGGCUGGGGCCGAGGCCUCCUGUCCUUCGGUGGCAGCUGUGGGAGCUGCUAA